UGGCUCACUUCAUUACAGCAGGAAGAAGACUAAGGUACUGUACUCAACUCUGAUCCCUGAUGUAUCCUAAAUAUGCAGAACUUUGAUUUGUAUCAGUAGAUUGAUGGUUGGUUUUCUGUCAAUAUAUGGAUGUAUGGCUCUUUGUCAAAAUUACUGUUGAAUGAUUUUGCAGAUUCUUUAUCUGAAGUGACUGACAGUGAAUGCAGAAACAGGUCAUUAAGGACCAGGUGGGUUUAGACAGUACAGAGAGUUCAUUAAGGAGCCGGUAGGGGUUAUACAGGUUUUGUCUCAUAUCACAAGUGUCCUUGGGUGACUUAAACGGUACUUAGGAUAGAACAGUUGUUUUAUUAGAAUUAUUAUGAGUCAUAUCAUCAUAAGACUGGAAGACGGCCACCUUGUUUAGUGAAGGUGUUUACACGUCAUCUUGUUCUGGAACUAGUUCUCUGUGGGCCUGCCAGCAUAGAUGUGGGUGUGAUGUCAUACGACAUGAGGAAGUCCAUAUAUGGACAUGUCUUCAGAGCGGUUUAACCAGCACAGGGAACAGUAGGUCUCCAGACUACUAUGGAUGAUAAGAUAGAGGAGGGGGGUCCUACCUCUAAAAUCAGUUUGUCUGGGGAACAUGGCCGCCAGAGCAAAGCUAAGAGCCCAGAGCAGCAGGAGAGAGCAGACUCCCCUGGACCCAGCUGUGUUUCCAUGAAGAGUGACCGCUCUAUGGAUCCUCCUGAACAGUUUAAAGAUGGAAAUCUAUCUAUUAAGAAGAGAAAAGUCCUGCAGGAGAGGGCAGACUCCCCUGGACCCAGCUGUGUUUCCAUGAAGAGUGACCACUCUAUGGAUCCUCCUGAACAGUUUAAAGAUGGAAAUCUAUCUAUUAAGAAGAGAAAAUUCCUGCAGGAGAGGGCAGACUCCCCUGGACCCAGCUGUGUUUCCAUGAAGAGUGACCACUCUAUGGAUCCUCCUGAACAGUUUAAAGAUGGAAAUCUAUCUAUUAAGAAGAGAAAAGUCCUGCAGGAGAGGGCAGACUCCCCUGGACCCAGCUGUGUUUCCAUGAAGAGUGACCGGUCUAUGGAUGGACCUCCUGAUUUUAAAGGUGGACGCCCCAUCAGAAAGGAUAGACAACACCAGAAGAGGUCAAAGGUUACCAGUGCUCAGUCAGUACAGCGGCAAACAGAGCUGAUCAAGAGGGCUGAGGAGAAUGCACAUGCUUUUCUAGACAAGGAGAUGAAGAAGGUCUGGAGGGUUCUCUUCCCACAAUGCUCAGAGAGUCAGACGGAGGAGGAAGAGGAGGAGGUGGAUGUUAAGAAUGAGGAGCAGAGGAGGCGUGCCAUAGAGGGAGUGGCCGACAUCACAAAGCUCUGCCUGAUUGAGAUGAACCAGGAGGAACUGGCCGACACACUGGGGAGCGGCUCUACUGCUGUUCAGUGCACACGUAACAUCAAGUCUCAUCUGAAGGAGAAGUUCAGGUGCAUGUUUGAGGGAAUCGCUAAAGCAGGACAUUCAACACCUCUGAAUGACUUCUACACAGACCUCUUCAUCACAGAAGGAAGCAGUGGAGAGGUCAACAAGGAACAUGAGGUCAGACUGAUUGAAACAGCUUCCAGGAAACCAGCCAGGGAGGAAAAACCAAUCAGAUGUGAAGACAUUUUUCAACCCUUACCUGACCAAUAUCAAAGAAUCAGAACAAUAUUGACAACUGGAGUGGCCGGCAUUGGAAAAACCGUCUUAACACACAAGUUCACUCUGGACUGGGCUGAAGGCAAAACCAACCAAGACAUAAACAUCACAUUUCUCCUUACAUUUAGAGAGCUGAAUUUAAUGAAAGGGAGAGAGUUUAGCUUGGUGGAACUUCUUCAUUACUUCUUUAUUGAGACAAAAGAAGCAGGAAUUUGCACAUUUGACCUCUACCAAGUUGUCUUCAUCUUGGAUGGUCUGGAUGAGUGUCGACUACCUCUGGACUUCCAGAACAACCCGAUCUGGACUGAUGUCACAGAGCCGACCUCGGUGGACGUGCUGCUGACAAACCUCAUCAGGGGCAACCUGCUUCCCUCCGCUCGCAUCUGGAUAACCACACGCCCUGCAGCAGCCAAUCAGCUCCCUGCUGAGUGUGUUGACAGGGUGACCGAGGUGAGAGGGUUCACUGACAAACAAAAGGAGGAGUACUUCAGGAAGAGAUUCAGAGAGGAGAAGCUGGCAAGCACAAUCUUCUCCCACAUCAAGACAUCACGAAGCCUCCAUAUCAUGUGUCACAUCCCAGUCUUCUGUUGGAUCACAGCUACAGUUCUGGAGGACUUAAAAACAUCCAAGAGAAUAGAGGAGAUGCCCAAGACCGUGACUCAGAUGUACAGUCACUUCCUGCUUGUUCAGUCCAUACAGGGGGACAGGAAGUACCAUUGGAGGGCUAAAACAGAUCCAGACUGGAGUUCAGAGGGCAGGGAAAUCAUUUUUUCUCUGGGAAAAUUGGCUUUUAACCAGCUGGAGAAAGGCAACCUGAUCUUCUACGAGUCAGACCUGGCAGAGUGUGAAAUUGAAAUCAGGGCAGCCUCUCAAACAGGAGUGUUCACCCAGAUCUUUAAAGAGGAGUGUGGGCUGUACCAUAGCAAGGUGUUCUGCUUUGUCCAUCUGAGCAUCCAGGAGUUUCUGGCUGCCCUCUAUGUCUUUCAGUUCUUUCUCAAAACUGGGGUCAAUCUUCUCUCCGAAGAACAACCAACCUGCAUUGAAGAUAUACUCAAUCUCUACCAGAGUGCCGUGGACAAGGCCUUACAGAGUGAGAAUGGACACCUGGACUUGUUCCUCCGCUUCCUCCUGGGCCUCUCGCUGGAGACCAAUCAGAUUCUCCUACGAGGUCUGCUGGGACAGACAGGAAGUAGCUCCCAGACCAAUCAGAAUACAGUGUCUUACGUCAAGAAGAAGAUAAAUGGAGAUCUUUCUCUGGAGAGAAGUAUCAAUCUGAUCCACUGUCUGAAUGAGCUCAACGACCGUUCUCUAGUGGAGGAGAUCCAACAGCUCCUGACAUCAGGAAGUCUCUCUAGAGAAUCCCUCUCUCCUGCUCAGUGGUCAGCUCUGGUCUUCAUCUUACUGUCAUCAGAAGAGGAGCUGGAGGUGUUUGACCUGAAGAAAUACUCUGCUUCAGAGGAGGGUCUUCUGAGGCUGCUGCCAGUGGUUAAAGCCUCCAAAACAUCUCUGCUGAAUUGCUGUCAUCUGUCAGAGAGAUGCUGUGAAGCUCUGGCCUCAGUUCUCAGCUCCAACUCCUCUAGUCUGAGAGAGCUGGACCUGAGUACCAAUGAUCUGCAGGAUUCUGGAGUGAAGCUGCUCUCUGCUGGACUGGGGAGUCCACACUGUAGAUUGGAAACUCUCAGCUUGUCUGGCUGCCUGGUCACACAGGAAGGCUGUGCUUCUCUGGCCUCAGCUCUGAGCUCCAACCCCUCCCAUCUGAGAGAGCUGGACCUGAGCUACAAUCAUCCAGGAGACUCAGGAGCUAUGCUGCUCUCAGCUGGACUGGAGGAUCGAUGCUGGAGACUGGAAACUCUCAGUGUGGAGCACGGUGGAGUGUGGAGACUGAAACCAGCUCUCAAGAAGUAUGCCUGUGAACUCACACUGGAUCCAAACACGGCCAACAGACAACUCUCUCUGUCUGAGGACAACAGGAAGGUGACAGAGGUUACAGAGGACCAGUCGUAUCCGGAUCACUCAGAGAGAUUUGACUCUUCUCCCCAGGUGCUGUGUAGACAGGGUCUGACUGGCCGCUGUUACUGGGAGGUAGAGUGGAAAGGACCUGUUGAGAUAGGAGUGACAUACAGAGGAAUCACAAGGAGAGGAGGGAAUGGUGGCAGCUGGCUUGGAUUGAACAACAAGUCCUGGUGUCUUCAUUGUCAUGAGGGUGGUUACUUUGCCCGGUACAACGGUCAAAGAACAAUCACGUGCCCCCCCCCCGCUGGCUCUUCCAGAGUAGGAGUGUAUCUGGACCGGCCUACUGGCACUCUGUCCUACUACAGAGUGUCCCCAGGUGGAGGAGGGUCCUCAGACACACUGACACACAUCCACACCUUCCAGGCCACCUUCACCCAGGAGGACCUCCUCCCUGGGUUCAGGUUAUUGAGUUUUGGUGCCUCAGUGUCUCUGUGUCGGUUGUAGCAACACACAUAUACAUGCAUAUAUAAACACACACACGCACAUUUAUGAAUACACACGCAUAUAUGAAUACACAAACAACACACACACACACACACACACACAUGCAUAGAUAAACACUCACACAUGCAUUAAUGAAUACACACACUAUACGCACAAACACCCACAUAUAUAUGAAUACACACACAUGCAUACAGAUUCACACACACACACACACACACAUAUUAAACACACACGCAUGCAUGUAUGGAUACACACAAACUCACUUGCACGUGUAGUAGCAAUUAUAACCGAAUUAUCUAUCACUUCAACUAACUAUAAACAUGAGGAAUCGGGGAGUCCGGAGAAAGUAUUGACAGAGACUUUAUUGUUACCCACAAACUAGCAACAACAAAGCCGAGUGAGGUUUGCAAAGACACUGACGGGGGCUCCGAUCCCGCUCUCUUAUCCAUUCAAACUGAGCUGUUUUGCAUGUAAUAUGACCUCCCUGGUAUAUCCUUACAUUCCUUUAAGUAUGUGUUCAUCUCCUGUAGUUAAUCUAAAUAAUGGGAGGACGUCAGUAGCCGGGGCCCCAGGCUCCCUGGCGCCUUAUGAGGCCCUUGCUCUGAGUCCAGAGGUGGUUUCUCUACUUUCCACCAUUAAUGUAUGCCUGAUGUAUAUAGGCCUGAUAAUACUCAUAGUUAAUAUAAAAGUAAUGGUUAAUUUCUCCCAUACACGCACGUGCACAUGUAUGAAUACACACAUUCCACACAUACAUCCACAUUCGAAUACACAAACCACAAAGACACUUUCACAUUCACACACACAUACACAUGUGUAAAUACACACACACUCAUAUGUAAAUACAAACACACACACACUCACACAUGAAUACACACACGAUUUAAGAACAUGUUAUCAACUAUACUGCUUUUUUUGUGCUUCUGAAAAGUUUAGCAUGAUAAACCAUGAAAGGAAGAGACUUUUAAAAUGUUCCAUAGGGUGAGGCAAGUUUUACAAAGACUAUAUUUCUAAUGUAAAAUGUAUUUCAAAUAUUGGUUGAAUGUAAAUCAAAACUUGUUUAUACUACAAUAUUUUGUAUAUUUUCCGACAUUAACAGUUUCAUACUGCAGGGCUCUGAUAUCAGUUUAUAUUUUGAUAAGCCUAACAUGGAACCUGAUUUAAAGCAGAUUUAAUAUUAUAUUCAUAAUGCAAGCGGUCUUAGAAAAGCUAUUACGGUAAUCAUGUUAUGAUGACUUUAAAUAUUGAAUACUUUUGAAUUUUGAUUCCUUGUGUUCUGUUGGGAAUAACAGAAAAGCAGAACAUGUUCAGUUAUGAACGAUAUAUCGGCAAACCUGUUUAUGAUUUAUAAUGUCUACUGCUUCUAAAGUUUCAGUCCUUGUGCUUAUUGUGUACUUGUAAGGGACUCUUAUCUGUUGUGCUGGUUAAUAAAGCAUAAUCGUAAUAAACAAUUAAAAGGA